AAAUACAACCAGGGUCCCCCCUCCUCCUCCUCAUUUAAUGACGUCAGAUUCAUUCCCACAAUGCCUAGUAACACGCAGGCGCAAUGUAAAAAAAUAUAAGACGGCUAUCUGUGAUCAGAGAUGGCGGGCGCCUCCGACCCCCUGGAAGAUAUGCUCUUUUCAGAGGUGGAUGAAAAAGCCGUGAGCGACCUGGUGGGCUCAUUGGAGUCACAGCUUGCUGGACAAAGCAACCCAGUGGGAAAAACAGACGAAAACGGAGGCGCUGGCUCUGUGGCCCCCGCUAACCAUCACUUAGGAAAAACGCUACCAGCUCCAGUGAGCACCACAACACUAGAACAACAACAACAAGGACGGCGGAAUAAACCUGAGAUGCGCCAGGAGAUCAACUCCAAAGACGGUAGCCAGGAUAAAACUGUCACAUCUCCUCCGCUGGGCAGCACCCCUUCUUUUGGCGAGCCAUCCACCACUUCGGCUGCCUGUGUGAACGCCACUAGCAGCGGCUCGCAAUCACAUGGAGCAUCCAUCACAACACUGACUGCAUCUGGUGUGUCAACUUUGGCAUCUCCGCCGGCCAGCAUCAGCACCACCACCGCAUCCGGCCGUGGCUGCAAGCUUUCCCCGGGCACAGCGGAGACGUCGACGGAAGCAAACCCGCCGAGAAAACGCAUCGCGGCGUCGCGGAGGAGCGCUUCGGCUCGGAUAAAGAGUUUGAACGGUGCAGCUGUAACGACGCGGAGGAACAGUAACACAGCGGUGGCCGACAGCGUUAGCCCCGUGGAGACCACCGCAACUACACCAAACUCUACCCGACCCGUCACAUCCUCUAUUAACACGUCGACUUUCACCUUAUCCAACGCCAGCCUGCCUGUGGGGCAGUCGGCUAUUGCUCUGGACCGGGGGACUCCUACCAUCGCUCUGCACAGACUCCCCAGUCAUAUUGUAGCCAGUAUAGCCCAGAACGGCAACGGGACCAGCGUGUCGGCCCUGGUUCAGCAGGGAGCCCGGAUAGAACCCGUCACCUCCUCAGCUUCCCCGGGAAACCACGACAAAGCGGUCACAGACACUGGGGCUUCCAAAACAGACGACUGUCAGUCCAAAAUUGUAAUGUCAACCCAGUCUAGUAGUGUCAACUCUGUAAUAAACACUGUUUCUCCUGCUUCUUCUGUUGUCACGCCAACAACUACUACAGCAGCAGCUACAACCACCACAACAGUAACCCAACCUCUGAGCUCUGCCUCCACUGCAGCUGUCACAGGGAUGGCAGCUAGUUCUGUGUGUGGGACUGCUCACACUACAUCAGUGACCACCACUGUCAGCAUGGUCAGACCCACAGCUCCCUCCCCGACGCCCGCUGUGGCCACCCCUGCACAGCCUCAGCCCCGUCCUGGACUCACAGCACCUCAGAGGAUUGUAGCCCCCCAGCUGAUUGUCAGACCACCUCAGCAGCAGACCACCAUUCAGCUGCCCCCUGGGUUUACCAUCCCACCGGGGAUGGUGUUGGUACGCACAGAAUUGGGCCAACUGGUCAUGGUUCCCCAGCAGGCUUUGGCUCAAGCUCAAGCUCAAGCUCAGGCUCAGGCUCAGGCCCAGGCCCAAAACAACAUCUCUCCUCGACCUGCUACACCCACCACAGGGGCGUCCUUCAGAGUAACAACUCCACAGCAGUGUCCUGUGACCUCUCAGACUACCAGGCAGUGUCCUUUGACCCCGGCAAAGAUGGUGCCGUCUCCCUCUCCCACCUCUUCCAGCCCUGCCCUCCAGACCUCUUCCUCUUCUUCUUCCUCUUCCUGCCCUGCACUCCGCCCAAAGGGCCCCGUGGCACCGGCCGUGGCUGUGACGGCUCCGCAGCAGACCCCCGUGGUAAUGGCCCCCCAGGCCCCGGCCCAGUCGGCCUCCCAACCAGUGCAGCCUCAGCAGACGGGCAUCGCCGCGACCCCCGGAGCUCCUGUCGUGUCCCAGGAAAUGCAAGAGAAUGUGAAGAAGUGUAAGAAUUUCCUGGCAACACUAAUCAAGUUAGCAUCUCACAAUUCUCCGUCCCCUGAGACCUCCAAGAACGUCAAGGCUUUGGUUCAGGAUCUGCUGGAUGCCAAGAUUGAACCGGAGGAGUUCACCAGCCGGCUGCAGACUGAGCUCAAGUCGUCUCCGCAGCCUUACCUGGUGCCCUUUCUCAAGAAGAGCCUCCCGGCCCUGAGGCUGUCUUUGCUGAAUAGUCAGCAGUCCCUGACCCAGCCCCCGCAGCAGGGAGUCAAACCAGCACCCUGCGGCACCCCUCCUGCCAUCGUGGCUGGGCCAGCUGUCCGCAUACACCACCCUAACAGCGUCAGCACCACCACGGGUGCCAAUAUACUGCCUGCUGGGACGCUCGGACAUGCAGCUGCCAUGGGUGUCAAAACAGGAGGCGCUGUUGGCGGCCAGGUACGGAUGCCCGUGGUGAUCACACAGUCCAUCAGAGCGCAAGGCACAAUGGGAAAGGGAGCCAUCAUCCAAGCAGGCAAAAGUCCCAUGGGCCUGCCUGUUCAGAUCUCUGGGAAUCAGAAAAACAAGCUCAACGACCCCGGAGGAGGCUCUUUCAGGGACGAUGACGAUAUCAAUGACGUGGCCUCCAUGGCCGGGGUAAAUCUGAACGAGGAAAGCGCAAGAAUACUCGCCACCAAUUCAGAGCUGGUGGGAACGCAGAUCCGCUCAUGUAAAGACGAGGCCUUUCUCCAUCCGGGGCUGCUACACCGACGAAUUCUAGAAACAGCUAAGAAGUUUGGUGUUACGGAGGUCCCCAUGGAGGCAGUGACAUUCAUCUCACACGCCACGCAGUCACGACUUCGGACUGUGGUAGAAAAGGUUUCUACAAUCGCACAGCACCGACUGGACUCCUGUAAGGACGAUGAGUGCUACGAGCAGUCUGCAGACGUUCGGUCUCAGCUUCGCUUCUUCGAGCAGCUGGAGAGAAUUGAGAAGCAGAGGAAGGACGAGCAGGAGAGAGAGAUCCUUUUGAAAGCCGCUAAAGCCCUGACAGAUGAAUUAGAGUGUGACACCAGUGGAUGAAGUGACCUCCCCGUGUCCUCCCAGGCUCCUGGCCCCAGGGCUCCUCUGUCCUGGCUCUUCCUCCCCGGACACAACGAGGAGGGGGGGACUCCGUACACCACGCAACCCUCAUGCAGCAUGCAGCCAACACACACACUCACAUGCACAACAUCCCUCCAUCACAAACACUGACAGCCCAGGUGAAACUGCAUCAGUUUAAAGGAAACAAGUUGGAUUUGUUAGACUGUCUGAUCAGAUCAGCCACUCUAUCAGCAUAUGUUGCUUUUACGCAUAUUUUUCGAAACAACUCCUGUCAAACAGGCCUUUGCCAGAAAACGCACAAAAAGUUUUUGCAUUUUUUGGUUUUCUUGGAAUAAAGAGCAUUAGUAAUCCGAAGCAGAGAUAGAUGUUUAAUUUAAACUUUAUCAACAGAAAUUUGCAGGAAAAAAGGCUCAGCACUGACAGGUGGUCUUUAGUAUGUGCAGCACAAAUACACUACAGUCUGCAACUACCAUGGAAUACAGCUUUAAGCAACAACAAUGUUUCAAAACACUAUAAACCUAAGGCCAAAAAAACCAGUCAAAUCUUUGAAGAUGUCUAGGUGCAAGGCCAUUUAAGCACCAGCGAAAUAAGCCUUCACAAUUACUCUAAGCCAGUUACUGUAGUUUCAAUCCCUGAUGGAUCUUCCCCUGGUCAAAAGUUGCAUUUGACCUGUGCAGACCAAACCGGUGUGAAGGCGUUGUGUUCCUCAACUCUGAAAAAACAAUCAGUAAAUCAACAGAUGCCUCUGUUCUGCAAGUUACUUGCUUCUCAUCCAUUUUAAAACAGUGAAAGAUUUUCAUGGUGAAAUCUUCUAAAUAUGUAAUUCUGACAUACAGAUAAGUUUUUAGGGAUUAAAUCAUGAGGAGCUUCGACUGUUACACAAAUCACUUCAAACACAACAGACAUCUGAAACGGAGCGUGGCUCUAUCUAAUAUUCAACAACCCUUAAGAAUCAUGUUGAUUGUUUUAGUGGCUGCUUGUCUAAAAUUCUCCAUUGUUAUUUAUGCUGUCAGCUGAUUGCAUUGAUUUUCGUUUUAGUUCAAUAAAACUGACGUGUAAGUCAGAUUUAUAUUAGAAUGUUGUAUGGCUGUUGUAUGAAGCUACAGUAGGGGAAAAAGUUUAUACACUGAGACUUGCAAUUCACAUAUAACAUUUGUGUGACUUAAGGUAUAUUUUAAUAGCAUAAUCUACAACAAACUACAUCUAAAGUAUGUAUAUUGUAGUUUUCUUCAAGUCUCUAAGUUACAUUUCGUCCUUUAAAAAUACUAUAAAUUGCUCCAGAAUAAAUGUUUCUUUAAUCCAAUUGAUACAUUGAUCAGAGCGCUGUAGCUCAUCAUGACACAGGAACAGAAAUACCUGCACUAACUUUACAAAAAUGUAUUGCAACUCCUUAUUUCCAGCAAGGUUUUAGUAGCAGAGACACCUGUCCAGUUGUCUGUCAGCUCUCUGCAUGUAAAGAUAUUUGUCUCAGUGAAAUAAGGUCUUCAAAUUUAGAAAGAUCACCGCUGACCAAAAAAAAGAGACAGAGAAUCUUUUGCAAAUGAAAAUGCCCCGCAGUGCGACAUUAGCAGAAAGCUAGGUUAAUUUAAUUAAUUUUGAAUGGAGCCAAUGUCCCACAGUAAAGAUUCUCAUUGCAGCACACCUCACUGUCUUAAUUGCAUUAUUACGCUUCAGUCCUGCCAUGCAGGAUAUUAGAAAAUCCUCUGGUUGAUGAACACUGGCCACCAAACCUCAUGACCUGUCUCUUUUUUUCCUUUAGGAGCGACCUGCUGUUUGGUUGUGAAAAAAGACCCUGCCUCAGCAGGAAACAACACUCUAAAGUGUGUUGUUUAAAACAGCUCUUAGAUCCUCUUUGUCAGUUCUUCGUUCUACUUGGUUGAACACACUAAUUUUCUUUUUUUUUUUACUGUGGAAAGCUCUCUUUAUUAACAGGAUUAGUGAAGAACUUUAGCAAAUGUAGCCAAGUUCUAGUUGGAAGGGCUUACCUUGAGGCUGUUUGGAUCGCAUGAGCCUCGUAGAGGAAAGUCUGACUUCACCUCAGAGCCAUGUCUGUGACUUUUUGGCUCCUGUUGCCAUGGCUUUCAGUUCAAGGAGAAGUUUGGAAAAUAACUCUUUGCCUAAUGAUUGUGUGAUAUACUACACAAACAGUGUCAGAGUAGGUUUCUACUAUUUAAUCAUUUCUCACGUCGUUUUCCAUACUAUUGUAUAAGCACAAACAUUGUUAAUAUUACUUUGAACUCUGCAGACAAUGAAACAGGCUGAUUUAAGGAAAAACAGAAACAAUCCAUCCUAAAACACUUAAAUACUGUUAGAAAGUGACAGUUGGUCUAACUCGAUUUUGGUUUCGAUUUUUCUUACUUCCACUGAUGCACUUUAAAUGUCGUGUUUUUAACUCGGUUCUCAAAAAAUAUGAGAGUUUUUGUCUUGUUGUUCACACCAUUUCAGGUUCAGCCAUCAUUUGGGAAAAAAAAUCCAUCUCUGAAUAUGCUAAAACCCUGAGUGCUGCAUAAUGUUAUGCAGUCAGAAGACAGCUUGCAUAAUAAGUGUUUUUUUUCCCACUUACAAUUAAAAAAAUAAAAUAAAAUAUAGAUAUAUUUAAGGUGAUGCUUGAUAUUGUAGAUUGAUUUGUAGAUAUUCAUUUUGUUCACAGUCUGUAAAGGAAGUAAAAAUAACAAUUUUGUUCAAUAUAUUUAUCAGUCAUUACCGCAGGAGGAAUAGCAAAUUUCACCCACUGGGCUUAAUAUUUGGGAGAAUAUAUUGACAGAAUAUUCAAUAUUAAGUUAACUUUCCACAUGCAACCCACAGCUUAAUGAAACAAGUACAACCCUCUGGUGGUUUUCAAAAGUCAUUCUGGGCAAAGUUAGAGACUAGUGCAGGUAAAAAAAAAAACAUGAAGUUGCAACAUCACCAAAUACUCCUAGAAUACAUUCAGUAUCACAGCCUGAUGAUGUACUGUACAACGCCGUAUUAUUUAAGUACAGUACACACAUUACGCCUCCCCUAACAGAGGUUGUCAGCAUCUAGUAUCCAGUCCUCUUCUCCCCUUCUCCCCUCUGUUCUCUCCUGUAAGUGGGAAAACCAGGGCAGCUGACAGAGGAGAUGUAAAGCAUGCCAGUGGCACCGCUGCCCUUUGUAAACAGUCCAUCUGUACCUACCCCUCCCACUCCUCCGCCCCGCCGCCACCCACCUCCCUGCCUGCCUCUUUCCUGCUCCAGCGCCCGCUAAUUUGACCUCUUGAAUAAGAAACCCGCUGAAAUAAUCCCUUCCACCCCCGUCUUCUCUCCUCCUUCCUUCGCAGCGAGCCCUCCCCUCCGCUGUGCCGGCCAUUUAAAAUAUGACUCAAAUCUUGAGGGAUGCUCUGGCAGACUGGAGGGCAAACACAUUAGUCUUAGUUGAGAUACCGACCAGUACGUGAACUGCCUGAUAUAUUUAAAGCCAAUUAGCAGUACGGCUAGGAGGAGCAGCUCUCGGUCCACGGGACGAAGUGGAUGAGAGGAGCAAGGAGAGGAAGGAUGCUGAGGAGGGAGUGAGGUGUCCUGUUUUGGAGCGAGGCCCAGAAAAUACUCUGACUGAUUUGGUGUUGGAUGUGAAAGAAAAAAAUGUUGAUACUAAAAUAGAUUUUUACUCGCACGAUGUAGAGACUUUAUUAUUAUUCUACUGACGAUGUCUCCACAUGAUGCACCUUUUCUAAUGUGCCAAUUUAUUAAAGAAAUCACUUACAGUUCACAAUGGACUGAUGCCCUAAAAUGGCACUUGAAUAUUUGCCAGAUUAAAUGUCGGACAGUGAGUUGAAUGUGAGCCCUGAUCAUGACCUAAUUUUGGUUAAUGCAGCACGAAUAAAACUGUACAGAUUAUGUCUACAUUCGCAAACAACACCCAGUUAGUGUGUCGUACCAUAAUCUGCCUGUAUCGCCUGCAGUGGUCAGCCGUACAUGUACGUUUGGCUGUGUGGUGAAGGAUUCCCAGGGACAAGUACAUUCACCCAGAUCUUAGCUGCUGAUUAAAAUAGAAGUGCUGUGUUGUUACGCCAGGGACACACACACACACACACACACACACACACACACACACAGAGCGACAGAUAGCCACACUGGCUCACAGUGACACACAGACAGCCACUGCCACUGAUAGUCACCAACAUCCUUUCCCCUGCGUGUCUAUGUGUGUGUGUGUGUGUGUGUGUGUGUGUGUGUGUGUGUGUGUGUGUGUGUGUGUGUGUGUGUGUGUGUGUGUGUGUGUGUGUGCUGGCUCCUGCAGAAUUUUUAAUAACCUCUUUUGAUUAGAAUCCCCCUCCAGCGGCUUAUUUAGGGCUGGAUUUGGAGCGGGUUUAAAGGCCACUGCCCCCCGGGGGGCGCUCCAUUGCACUUCUCUGAAUUCAAAUACGAUGUCCUUGACACCUCUGUAUCCUGUUCCCAUUUUGCACUAUUUUUGCUGCAGCAGCAACAGAUGAGUAGCGAAGGGGGAGGUGGGCUCCUUAAACCAGCUGUUAACCUGUGUUUUUUCCCCCCCUUUUACU